GCUUCUCUGCAGAAUGUCCAGUAAGGAGCGCCACCUUGAGUCCAACUGUCCGUCCUCUUAUAUAAAGACUGAACCGUCUAGUCCUGCCUCCCUGACUGACAGUCUAAACCAUCACUCCCCUGGUGGCUCCAGUGACGCCUCAGGCUCAUAUUCGUCCACGAUGAACGGCCACCCCAACGGCUUAGACUCCCCGAGCCUUUACGGCUCCAACGCAGGGCCCCUGGGUCCUGCUGGCGGCCCUGGAUCGAAGCGUUACGAUGACUGUUCGUCAACUAUUGGGGAAGAGUCACAGAUUAAGUGCGAGUACAUGCUGAAUUCGAUGCCCAAGAGGCUGUGUCUGGUGUGCGGGGACAUUGCGUCAGGGUACCACUAUGGAGUGGCAUCCUGUGAGGCCUGCAAGGCCUUCUUCAAACGCACCAUUCAAGGUUAUGCCACAGGCAACAUUGAGUACAGCUGUCCAGCCACCAACGAAUGUGAGAUCACCAAGAGGAGACGCAAGUCGUGCCAGGCCUGCCGCUUCAUGAAGUGUCUGACUGUGGGCAUGCUGAGGGAGGGUGUUCGUCUGGACAGGGUUCGUGGUGGGAGACAGAAGUAUAAACGCCGGAUAGAUGCGGACAACAGCCCAUACCUGAACCCACAGCUGGCUUUACCCCCCAAGAAGCCAUUUGCCUUUGGCUGCCUUGCAGAUAAUAAAAUCGUCUCUCACCUGCUGGUGGCCGAGCCAGAGAAGAUUUACGCUAUGCCUGAUCCAACAGUACCAGACAGCGACAUCAAGGCCCUGACUACGCUUUGUGACCUGGCGGACAGAGAGCUGGUGGUCAACAUCGGCUGGGCCAAACAUAUCCCAGGUUUCUCCACGCUGUCUUUGGCAGACCAGAUGAGUCUACUGCAGAGCGCAUGGAUGGAGAUCUUGAUCCUGCGUGUCGUUUAUCGCUCACUGUCCUUUGAGGACAAGUUGGUGUAUGCUGAGGACUACAUAAUGGACGAGGACCAGUCAAAGCUAGCUGGACUUCUGGACCUGAACAACGCCAUCCUUCAGCUGGUCAAGAAAUACAAAUCUAUGAAACUCGAGAAGGAGGAGUUUGUCACUCUCAAGGCCAUUGCUUUGGCUAACUCAGACUCCAUGCACAUUGAAGAUGUGGAUGCAGUGCAGAAGCUCCAGGAUGUGCUCCAUGAGGCCCUGCAGGACUAUGAGGCUUCCCAGCACCAGGAGGAUCCCCGCCGGGCGGGCAAGCUGCUCAUGACCCUCCCCCUGCUCCGCCAGACCUCCACCAAGGCUGUGCAGCACUUCUACAGCAUCAAGCAGGAUGGCAAAGUCCCAAUGCACAAACUCUUCCUGGAGCUGCUGGAAGCCAAGGUCUGA